CAGGUACAAUCACAGCAUAAAGCCUCUCCAGGUCCUCCACCCUCUUAUCAUUUUCUCUUACCUUACAGUCGCCGCCGAUCGCUGGGCGGAGAUAUGAAGAUUCCGGCCGGCGAGAAUUCUACUGCCGCAGGCAAAUGCAAUGGUCGUGUCGCUGAUCAUCGCUGUCACGUUUUACACGAAAAUCCCUAACCGGGAGCGAUUCUGUUGCAGAUUUUCCAAGUCAUCGGCGUUGCCGAGGGAGAGAUAGGUAUCCAGUUUUGUUCGUGUGUAGAUUUUGAUAGGGUUUAUUUGGAUUGAUAUUUGUGUGAUCGGAUGCGGUGAUCAUCGUGACUGAUGGUGGAGAUUGCGUGAAUGGUUUUUGUUCGCUUUUGAAAGCUUUCGUAGCUGAAGCGGGGAGUAGAUUAGAUGUGUGUGAAUUUGUACUCUUGUGUUUGGUUAAUCUGGCCUGUGCAGCAUUGAUUGCAUGUUUCAGUUCAUUACUGUUUUGUAUUUCUGCAAAUUUUGAAGUGAGGGUUUUGGAUUUACGAGCAAGAAUCAGAGUCAUCGGUUUGUGAUAGCGCUUGAUUUGUCAAUUUGAGUCUGUAACCUACAGCAAGUGUUCGGUUUAAGCUCUGAAAAUGGAGCAGAACUGACAGCGUGCUUCAGCUGAGUAUAAUUAGGCCGUAGUCAAGGCAGAUAGUGCAUAGAGUGACGCGUUCAAAACAGAGCAAACGCAGUAGCCAUGCCUUUUCCGAUGAAGAUUCAACCUAUCGAUUCAUACACAGAAUCGAUACGGAACGAGUCCGGCAAACCUGUGUCGAAAUCGCGGCUCAAGAGGCUCUUCGAUCGGCGGUUCACAAGCGUUUUGAGGACUUCAUCUGCGGAUAAACCUGGCGCAGGUGAACCGCAAUAUAACAAAGAGGGAGGGAGUGAGUUCGAGCCGAGCUCUGUGUGUUUGGAUAAAAUGGUGCAGAAUUUCAUCGAGGACAACAACGAGAAGCCGUCGGCCGUGAAAUGUGGCCGUAAUCGCUGCAAUUGCUUCAACGGAAACAGUAGUAGCUCCGACGAUGAGUUUGAUGUGCUUGGAGCUUUCGGCGAGUCACUCCCUACGGCGUCAUCUAGCGAUGCAACCGAAAUGCUGAAGAGUUUGAUUCCUUGCGCGAGUGUUUCCGAGAGAAAUCUCUUAGCAGACACUGCGAAGAUCGUAGAGAAUAAUAAACUCUGCAAGCUGAAGGAUGAUUUGAGACGAAUUGUCGCGGAUGGUUUAACAGCUCUCACUUACGAUGCUUCAAUGUGUAAAUCACGUUGGGAGAAAUCUCUUUCUUACCCAGCCGGGGAGUAUGAAUUCAUAGACGUGAUCGUGGAAGAGGAGAGAUUGCUGAUCGACAUCGACUUCAGGUCAGAAUUCGAGAUCGCUCGCCCGACCGGCACCUACAAAUUGAUCCUCCAAUCUCUGCCGUACACUUUCGUCGGCAAGCCCGAUCGCCUCCAGCAAAUCAUCUCCGUCGUAUCGGAGGCCGCGAAACAGAGCUUGAAGAAGAGGGGAAUGCCCUUGCCGCCGUGGAGAAAAGCCGAGUACAUGCGAGCCAAAUGGCUCUCUCCUCACACGAGAACCACACCUUCCUCUACAUCACCAAUCAAAGCCAUUAAACAAACCAAUCCCGAGAAUGAACAGCCCUCAGAUAGCGAUGGUGGAGAGCUAGAACUAAUUUUCGGAGAUCACUCCCCGCCGUCGGAGGCGAAUUCCGGCGAGUCGCAGCCGUCGCCAGCGGCUGCAAAAUCCGUCGUUGAAGAGAGGCCGGCGACUCCUGUGCUGUCUCCGUGGCAGCCUCCGGCGAUCAAACCGAAGAGUUGUGAUAGAGGAGCUAAGGUCAUCGCCGGAUUAGCUACCCUCCUCAAAGAGAAAAUCUAAAAAAUUUUGGAUAUUUUUUUCAGUUUUCCCCUUAAAUUCCCGUCUAGUAAAAAAAGAUAUAAGAAAUAUUACAUAUAUAUAUAUAUAUAUAUAUAUAUAUAUAUAUAUAUAUUAAAUCGGAAGAAUCUGGACAAUGGUACAAUCUUUGAUCUUUUCCCUUUUUUUUUUUUUGGUUUGAACUUUGAAGGAGUCUAUCUGUGUAAGAAGCAAAAUCUAUGAUCCAUUGUAAUAAAUUUUUUUGUAGCUAACAUCAAGUUCUAGUAAAAUCAUUAAAUAAUAAGCAUUGUGUUGAACGCA